UAUAUUGAAAGCUGUUCUAUCAAGUUUUAAGUGUGUCUUUCUUGCAAGCAAUGUCAACAUUCCUUUCCCUUCACUCAAAACUAUGCUGAACUAUAUAGAUAUACCUUAUCAACAAACAAAUCUAUGCUGCAUAUACAAUACAAAGGUGAUCAAAACAAAACACAAUAUCAAAGGAAGGUGAAACGAGGUUGUAUACGCAAUGGACAUCAAUUUAGAAAUCAACGAUGCUUCUGCAAAUAAUGAUGAACAAAAGCAACCCCUUCUGCGAAACGCGGAGGUUCCAGAAGCGGAGAGGAACCUGAUACAGAAAGCUAUAAGUUCAACAUUUCAAAGUACCGCGCACUUGGCAAACCUUCUACCUACCGGCACUGUUCUAGCUUUCCAACUUCUGUCACCAAUUUUUACAAAUAUUGGCAACUGUGACUCUGUCAGCAAGUCCAUGACUUCUGUACUUGUGACUCUCUGUGGUGCUUCAUGCUUCCUGCUAAACUUUACUGAUAGCUUUAGAGACAGCAAGGGGAAUAUAUGUUAUGGUUUUGCCACUUUUAAAGGCUUGUGGAUCAUUGAUGGAUCAACCAAACUUCCACCACAAGUUUCUGAAAAGUAUCGCAUACGGUUUAUAGACUUCAUGCAUGCAAUGAUGUCGAUUUUGGUAUUUGCAGCAAUUGCAUUAUUUGAUCAGAAUGUGGUGAAUUGCUUUUUUCCAGAACCAUCAAAUGAGAUACAGGAAAUCUUAACGGCAUUGCCUGUGGCAAUUGGCGUUUUCUGCAGCAUGCUUUUUGUUGCAUUUCCUACUGAAAGACAUGGAAUUGGCUUCCCCCUUUCAACAAGUUAAUAAUUGUGAUAUUAUUUAUGUUCAUGGUUGUAUCCGAUUUCAAUGACUUGUUUGAUUAUGGGAAAAAAAACUAUAUAUAUUCAACCUAAGUGCAUUAUUUUAUAAAAUCAACUUGUAAAUACUUUGCAAAUACAAGGCAAGACACCUUACAAUA